AUGCAGGACUUAAACGGUGCCGUAGGCCAGAGGCCCAGCGCCGGACGACUCGGUCAUGUAUCGAAGCCUUCGAACAGCGAAACCGGAUUUUCCCAUGGUGCCUUUGCUUCGAAUGUUUCUGGCUUUGCCGACCGCCACCCUCGUCGCGGAAACGUGCCCACAUUGAGCGCCCAGGCAAUGAACCAGGCCCAGGCGCUACCCACGAACGACAUGCAGACCCCUGGAACAGGAUUCGACAUGAACUUCACUCCUCUCUUGCCGUCACAGCUCCUCCUUGGUAGCCCAUUCCAGCCUGGAACGCCUGCCGCCUUCUCCAACGCUCAGUACCAAAAUCUCACGAGCUUACAGCAACCGCACCAGGGCAAUGGGCAACAAAACGGUGCAACCAGCCCUAUUCAAGCCAUGUCUCCCCAGACUUAUCAGGCAAUGGUUUCACCUUCAGCAUACGGCGCUCCCCAAUUCUACGCUCCACCUCAGUCACCGACUGGUACCUUCUCCAUGCAGUCGCAGAUGGGGCCCACCUCUCCAGUUGCAAUGAAUGCUGGAGCUGUCACUGGUACCAGCCGCACCGUGUACUUGGGCAACAUUCCUCCUGACACGACUGCCGAGGAGAUUCUUGGCCAUGUUAGAAGCGGCCAGAUCGAGUCCGUUCGACUUCUGCCUGACAAGAACUGCGCCUUCAUCUCUUUCCUGGAUGCCAGUUCCGCAACCCACUUUCACUCAGAUGCUAUUCUGAAGAAGCUUAGCAUCAAGGGUCAAGAUAUUAAGGUGGGUUGGGGCAAGCCUUCCCAGGUCCCGACAUCCGUGGCGCUUGCUGUUCAGCAGUCUGGGGCCUCCCGAAAUGUCUACCUGGGCAGUUUGCCUGAGGAGAUCACUUUGGAGGAACUCCGUGAGGAUUUGGGCAAGUUCGGCGCCAUUGACACCAUCAAGGUCGUCCGUGAGAAGAACAUAGCCUUUGUUCACUACCUCUCCAUUGCCAAUGCCAUCAAGGCCGUUUCGCAGCUUCCCCAAGAGGCUAAAUGGCAAGCUCCCCGACGAGUCUACUACGGCAAGGACAGGUGCGCCUAUGUGUCAAAGACACAGCAGCAAAAUGCAGCACAGUAUCUUGGUAUUUCUCCAGGCUACGCUCACAUGCUAACUGGCGCUGACCGGGAUCUUAUCUCGAGCGCCCUGGCCCAGCAAUCAGUCGCUGCUGCUGCCGUGGCCACAACCGCUGGUGGCAUCAACAACUUGGGUAACCGAACUAUUUACCUCGGAAACAUCCAUCCUGAGACAACCAUCGAGGAGAUUUGCAAUGUUGUACGGGGCGGUCUGCUUCAUCACAUCCGAUACAUCCCCGACAAGCACAUCUGUUUCGUCACAUUCAUUGACCCUACAGCCGCUGCCUCCUUCUACGCCCUGAGCAACCUGCAGGGCCUCAUGAUUCACAACCGCCGUCUCAAGAUUGGAUGGGGAAAGCAUUCCGGUGCUCUUCCCCCCGCCAUUGCCAUGGCUGUCAGCGGUGGUGCGUCUCGAAAUGUCUAUAUUGGUAACCUGGAUGAGACGUGGACCGAGGAACGACUCCGACAGGACUUCACUGAGUUUGGCGAGAUUGAGUUGGUCAACGCACUGCGAGAGAAGAGUUGUGCUUUCGUCAACUUCACCAACAUUGCCAACGCGAUCAAGGCCAUUGAGGCAAUUCGGGGCCGGGAGGAAUACAAGAAGUUCAAAGUCAACUUUGGCAAGGAUCGAUGCGGUAACCCUCCUCGCCAGGGUCAGAACGGCCAGGCCGCCCGCGGCGACGGCAGCGUAUCCCCUGCCCCGACCAUCGAUGCGCCCACCCCAACUACAACUCAGCAACAGGCUUCGUUUCCUCCAAAUGGCAACCCUCUGACGAUGUACCUUAGCCAAUUGUCUCAGCAGGCGCACGAACAGCAGCAACAACAGCAGCAGCAGCUUACGGUGCAGCAGAACGCCCUGUUUGGCACCGCUCAGCAGUCACCCCCGGAUCUGUCUAUUGAGGUACCCCAACAGCCUCCCAUCGGUGGCCAUGGGCAAUCGGCCAGCAUCUCGAAUGGCUUUACUGUGGCCAGUGCCGUGGCAACAACUGCUCCAACUAUUGGCGGUCUUCUCGCUCCUAAUUCUCGCUCUCAGCACAGCCGCGCUGUCAGUCUCCCACUGCUUGCUCCUGGAUUCGAGAACGGCGGCACUAGCCCCAGCAGUGGCCCCGGUAGCAACGGAAGCGAUGGUGAACGACGUGGGCACCAGUACCAGUCCAGCUUUGGUGGUAUGGCUGGCGGCUUUGCUGGCCUCUCCCUUCAGGGAGGCUUGAACGGUUUGGUCGAAGAAGAAGUGGCAAACUAA